AAAAGGAAAAGUGGGAAACGAAAGGUCAAUUGAUCCUUCCAUUCAACUAGGGUUCCAACAAAAAAUAUGAAAAUUUUAUUGUAUAACGGUUUAUUUUUUUAAACCCUAGACCAGAAGCCUAGACGGAAAAGGCUUUAUAUAUUAGGCGGGAAAGUGAUGCGAAAAAAUCAAAAACCCCAAUUAGGAUUUGGAGUUCCGGGGACUGCAAUCCGCGCUAUCUCCUCACUUCCCUCAGAAGAUCUGAAGAGAACUGAUGGAGAGGAUAUAUGUGACUGUACGAGCAAGGCCACUCCCUCAGGAAGACGCUAAUUGCAGCCCCUGGAGAAUCUCUGGCAACUCGAUUUCUGUACCAAAUUCCUCUUCCAAGUUUGAAUUUGAUAGGGUUUUUGGAGAAGAUUGCAAGACUGCGGAGGUUUAUGAAGCUCGCACCAGGGAUAUUGUUUCUGCCGCGGUCCGUGGUUUCAAUGGCACAGUUUUUGCUUAUGGACAAACUAAUAGCGGCAAAACGCACACCAUGCGGGGCUCAGCUACUGAACCGGGUGUCAUCCCACUUGCUGUGCACGAGUUAUUUGAGACUAUACAAGAGGAUGUGGACCGUGAGUUUCUUUUGCGGAUGUCCUAUAUGGAGAUUUACAAUGAAGAGAUAAAUGAUUUGUUGGCUCCUGAACAUAGGAAACUGCAGAUUCACGAAAGUCUGGAGAGGGGGAUAUAUGUAGCUGGUUUGCGAGAAGAAAUUGUUGCCUCUCCUCAGCAAGUUCUUGAUCUCAUGCAGUUUGGAGAAUCUCAUCGCCAUAUUGGAGAGACGAAUAUGAACCUUUACAGUAGCAGGUCACACACUAUAUUCCGCAUGAUAGUUGAGAGUCGGGACAGAAAUGAAGCUGAAGAUAUUGGCAAUUCUUGUGAUGCGGUCCGUGUUUCAGUUUUGAAUUUGGUGGACCUAGCCGGUUCAGAACGUGCUGCAAAAACUGGUGCAGAAGGUGUUCGGCUCAAAGAGGGAUCACACAUUAAUAAAAGCCUGAUGACACUGGGAACUGUGAUAAAGAAAUUAAGUGAAGGUGCUGAAAGCCAAGGGAGUCAUGUCCCAUAUCGAGAUAGUAAACUUACACGAAUUUUGCAGCCUUCAUUGGGUGGAAAUGCAAAUACAGCCAUAAUUUGUAAUAUCACUCUGGCACAGAUUCAUGCAGAUGAGACUAAAAGCAGUCUUCAGUUUGCAAGUAGAGCAUUACGUGUCACAAAUUGUGCUCGUGUGAAUGAGAUUCUUACUGAUGCUGCUUUGUUAAAGCGUCAAAAAAAAGAAAUUGAGGAGCUUCGAGCCAAAUUGCAGGGCUCUCAUUCGGAACAUUUGGAAGAAGAGAUUCUCAAUCUGCGGAACACAUUGUUACAGUCUGAAUUGGAAAGGGAACGUAUAACUUUGGAGCUGGAAGAGGAAAAGAGAGCCCAGGCUGAACGUGAGAAGGUGCUGCAAGAGCAAGCCAAGAAAAUAAAAAACUUGAGCUCCAUGGUGCUGUAUUCAAAUAUGGAUGAGAAUCGUGAGCAGUAUAAAAAGGGGAAAAGGAGGGAUACGUGGUGCCCUGGUAAUCUUUCACGAGAGAAUCUUCAAGAGGUGUAUUCCAAUGCACAAUCUAGGGCUUCUACUGUGAAAUCCACAAGAGUUGACCACGAUGUGGGACCUCUUGUUCCUUUUGAAAAAUUGGUAAAUGAAAAUGAAGUUGUGGAUGACCGUUCUAAGCCAUGUAAAGAUGAGAACAAUGAUGUGGCAAGAGACUGCACUCUCCCUGAUCCUCAUGCCUUAUUGCAUGUAACAAACAGGAGGAAAGCACCCCCUCGGAAGAAAGGAUCCCCCGUGGAUGAGAAUGAAUUAGCAGAAACGCAAGCAGAAUAUGAGGAUCUGCUUCUAAAACAUGAAACUGAGAGAACUAUGGGUGAAUUACAAAAUGACUUUUUAAUGAGGCAGCUAGCGGAGGUUGCUUUAUCUGACCGUGUCAUUCACAAUGAAUGCUCUAUGUGUACUGCCAAUAGAAGCAACAUUUAUGCUGACAACAGCAUCAGCUUGAGGGAGUCUGAGGCUAUUUUUGUAAUCAAACAACUGCAAGAAAAGAUCAAAUUGUUGGAGUUGGAAUCAUCCUCUAGCCAGCAAAAUCUGGACAAUAUUGUUAAGCUAGCAACAGAACAGAAUAUAUGUGCAAAGGAGAAGCUUGAAGAGCUCCAUGAAGAGCUUCAAAAUGCACGGGAUGAGGCCAAAAUUGUUCACGAGCAACUUGCUUCUAGUGAGUCUACUGGAAGAAUGAAUCUUAAUCUUGACUCUUGUGUUGAGCUUUCAACGGAGGUGGAAAAUAUAAUUUUUGAAGUUCAGAGCUCAAAAGAAGUUCUAGAGAGUGUCACUUCAUUUGAGCACGAGGUUUUCCAGAGUCUUUCUGCAAUAUCUAAUGUGUUUGUUGAUAUCAGAGCUUUGUUGCACCAGAUAUCUAAGGAACACAAGUUAGUUAUCAACGAUCAGGAAAAAUUGCACCUUUGCAUGAGGCAGAAAAUUACUGAACUGGAGAACGAGAAGCUUGUUUUGUACAAUCAAUCUGUUGACUUCCAAAAACAAAUGGACGACCUAAGACUAAAUGCUCAAAGUCUUGAGGGAUCCCUGAAAUCACUUUCCGACCAACAAAACAUGGAAGAGGGGGAAUUACGUUCUUAUAUUCAGAUUCUUGAAAAUGAGAUAUCAUGUUUAUCAUCCAGUUCCCUGGCUAAGGAGAAGGAAAGUGUGAGAAGAGAUCUGGAGAAAGUUAAAAUAAAACUGAAAGAAACUGAGUCGAAGCUUAAGAAUGCCAGUCAGGAGAAGACAAAACUUGAGGGUGAAAAAGCAUAUGCUGAAAAGGAGAUAAAACGACUGCAAGGCGAAAGAACUCUUCUUGAACGUGAUAUUUGCAAACGUGAGUCACUUGCUGGUAGAAGGCGUGACUCAGUUAUUGACAAGAGUUCAAAAGGUUUUGACCCAAAAAAGGCCAAGGGCCCUGGAGUGCUUUUCGAACAGACAAUGCAGGAAGAUUAUAGAAAGUUAGAAGUUCUUGCUUUUGAAAUGGAGACACAUAUUGCUUCUCUGGAAGAUGCAUUAGCAGCUGCAUCCAAGGAGAAGGAAGAAGUUAUAUACAGAAAUGAAGGUUUGGCCUUAGAGUUGGAAGUCAUGUCCGAGAAGUUAAACGUAUCAAACUCAGAACUGAAAUUGUUGCAGGAAGACAUUUCAAGACUUAGACUCAGGCUGGAAGAAUCUAAAUCUGAACAAGAAAAAAUGGAAAGCUCAAUCAAGUCAUUGGUAGAAGAAAAGGAACUUUUGGCAAUGAACCUCACUGAUUCACUUUUGGAAAUGGAGGAGGAGAAGGCCAUUUGGUCUGCUAAGGAGAAAGCUUCUGUUGAAACCAUAGAACUGAAAGUAAAGCUGGACAAUGAGGAGAUCAAGAUGUUAACUACAGGAAUGUCAGAGGUGAAAAACGAAUUAGAGUCAUGUAAGGCAGAAUGCAAAGUUCUCAGAGAAAGACUGACGUGUGCCGAGGAAAAUGAAAAAUUGGACAGGAAAAGCAGUGUGGAGAAAUCCUUGGAGAUUGAUCGGCUAAAAAAUGAACAGAAAAUGGCCGAUGGUGAGGGCAGGGAAGCUCAGGACAUGUUGAAGUCAAAUGUACAGACACUUUCUUUCCAGCUUCAUCAGUCUCAAGAGGAAGCGGAUAUACUUCGGAAGGAGCUGAGUUUCCUCAGUGAAGAACGAGAAAAUUUGUUGGCUCAAGUUAGAGAGUUUGAUAAAGGAACAGAACAAUCAAAUGACAUUCAGAAUCUUCAAAACCAGCUUUUCAUUAUGACAAAUGAAAGGGAUAAGCUAAUGUUUCAGAUUGGAGAUCUGCAAAGCCAUGUAGCCGAAAUAGAAGUUAUGAAAAAAAAUUGUGAUAACAUGUUAGUAGAGGCCCAAAUUCAAGUUGAGGAACAGGUGAGGAGAAUUUCCAGGUUGGAAGUCAAGAUGCACAAUGAUGAAGUGAACAACAAUAAGGAGAAGGCAAAGCUUAGAAUGAGACUCCGAGGGACACAGGCGAGCUUAGAUGCCCAUCGUUACAGAUACAAGGAAGCAAUAAACGAGUCGGUUUUAAUGAACAGAAAAUUUGAGGAGGCUUCAAGGAAUUUAAAGGACCAGUUGGCAUCCUACGGAAUUGAGGUCCUGAACCUCAAGAAGCAGCUUGCUUCUGUGAAAGGGCUGAAGGGUACUGAAUGAUGGAGGCAAUACAUCCCUUCUUCAGGUAUUUUUGGUAUUUGAUGUGCAGAGUUGCUGCCGAAUAUUAGGUACGCCCAUAACUGAUCUUUUGAGAGAUUUUUAUACAGCUAGACAGUAUAGAACUAUAGAUGUACUAAUGGGCGUUUGGGGAAAUUGCUGUAAUGUUUUAACUGAUCUUACAAUACAAAUUGUAUUAUGCACAAAAAUGGUCAUAGCGAUCUCUUUUAACAGAAGACUUGGCAUAGUGGGCACUGAAUAUGUAAAUUAAUUCGUCUUACUUUUUGCUCAAUUAGAGAUUCUUGUGGAAGUAAUGUAGGAAUUUGUGAUCAUAUUGUGAUUGCA